AGAUUUUUGGCGUGUGACAUCAUUUAUCCAAAACGUUUUAAAUUAAACUUAGAUCUACCAGGGAUUUCACUAUAUUCAUAUUGACAAAAUGUGGACCCUAUCUUUUGGAUAGUUUGGAAUUGGUAUCUUAGAAAAAAAAAAGAUUUGAACUAAAUAACAGGCGUUGUCUACCCUACUCUGAAAUAGAUACAGUAACAACAAAAAUGGCUACGCCUGGAUUUGCGGCAGUACCGACAAGCUUAAAAGGAGUAAUACAAAAAUAUCUUAGAGUGGCCACUGAACAUGACAAAAGGGAUCCAGUUAUUGCUUAUUAUUGCCGCCUCUAUGCCAUGCAGCAGGGAAUGAUUGUGGACAAAAACUCACCUGAAGCGCGACAGUUUCUUGUCUCUCUUAUGGAUUUCCUGGAAAAGUCUAAGAUCCAGCUGAAGGAUGAAGAAGCUGUGCACAACGAGCUGUGUGGUCAAGCACAUGUGGAGAACUAUGCUUUGAAGUUAUUUCUUUAUGCAGAUAACGAGGACAGAGCAGGCAAUUUUAACAAAAAUGUGAUAAAGGCUUUCUUGACUUCAAGUCUACUGAUGGAUGUACUCACCAACUUUGGUGAACUCAGUGAAGAAAUAGAGAAGAACAGAAAAUAUGCCAAGUGGAAGGCUUUGUACAUCAAUAAAUGUUUACAGAAUGGUGAGACCCCAAUGGCAGGACCCAUGCCAGAGGAAAAUGAGGAGGGUUUAUCUUUCCCUGCUAACCAGAUGACUUUCAGCACAGACAGUGGCCUUGACCCCGCCCCUGGAGCACAUGCACCCCCCAGCACUCCGCAAGAUCCCCCCAGAACUGACUACCAAGCCCCCACCUUACACACAAGCCCACAGCCAGCCCCUCGUAGUGGGGCAAAUCAAUAUUCUAAUGUAUUGCCUGAUUGGACACCACCACCCAAUCCUGCUGGCGUGAAGCUAACGGCUGAGCAGUUCCAGAAAGGCAUCAAGUACUGCAAGUUUGCCAGCUCAGCUAUGCAGUAUGAAGAUGCUGUCACAGCCAUAGCCAACCUGACAAAAGCCUUGAAGCUUCUCACCACUGGAGUGGAUGACAAAUGAUCCAUUGACAGCUGACACAAAUAACAAGAUGAAAUGAUCCAAAUCUAAGGACUGGGUUUUAUAAGGCGCUGCAGUCUUUCAACAUUGGAGAAACUUAACCACUAACUAUGACAAGCCAAACUUCAUUUCAACAUUCGACAAAAAUAGUUUGAGACAUGCUAAACUUGACCACCACAUUUGACAAAAAUUGUUUGAGACAAAACUUAACUUGACCACCACAUUUGACAAAAGUAGUUUGAGAAAAGAAACUAAACUUGACUACUACAUUUAAUGCAUUGAAUUUGAGACCUACACCCUAAAGUUUUUCCAUUCAUCCAUUGUACAAUUUUUGCAUAAAAUCAGAUGGCUGAAUGAUUUAAAGUCAUAACAUUUUUAAAAUGAUGAAAGUAUUUAUUUGAUAAUUUUGUAAAUAUCUGCUGAAUAUGUAUUGUGUAAUAAAGACUGACGUUUUCAA